AUGUCUUCCGCGAAUUCAAUCAAAUCGCCUGAUAAGGAAACAGGCACUCAGUCUCGUCCUCAGCGUCCAUCCUAUGCCAAGGUUACCAGUACUCAUUCCUCAACACGUACUCAUUCCCCAACGCGGGAUUCGUUGAAAGCAACGGUUCAUGACAAUACUGUACAUUCGAAUGUGUGGAAAGCCGGUGGAUCUCCUGCUUCUUGUACCAGCUUGUUCUUUGACUUCACUUCUCGUUCCGAAAAUCGCGCUACGCUUUUGUGUCAUAUAAACGCAAGCUUUCCCAACAAUUGUGGUGCACGCCUUCACUCGGAUCAUGCUCGCCGUAUUGUUGAACUAUUCAUCGAUGACUCCAACGUUUACCAAAAAGCUUGUACGUCAGGCCUUGUCUUCAAGGAUGGUAUGCGUAUCUUGCCCAGUGUGCCUUUACCAGCUGAUUCUUGUCUCAUUCAUCUUCGACUAAGCAGCCUUCCUUUUACCUCUCGUGAUAAGCUUACCGAUGGAAUUUGUAAGGCUCUCUCACCCUUCGGUGAUGUUCUGGAUUAUGGCAUUCUUCGUGAUCACGACUCCAAUCUAUUCAUGGGGCAUGGUUACGCAACCUUAAACGUCUCAAGUUCAAAGCAAUCUUCGUCACUCUCACACAAGAUUUCAUGGCCAAACUCCGAGGAUUGGUUUUAUGCAACAUGGGCCGAAAUGCCGCUUCACUGUCUCCAUUGUCACAAAUCUGGUCAUUCUAAGUCUUCAUGCCCUACUCAUCCAAGCCGAAAUCGCCCCUGUUGGUCUUGCGGCCAAAAUGGUCACCGCGCUGCUAAGUGUCCCAAUCAUCGACCUAUUGUCAAGCCCACCAUUGACCCACCCAUGUCUCCAUCGUCUUCUACUUCCACUGCUACCAGCAGCCAAUCAUCUGAUGUCUCAAUGUUUAGCACCGACAUUUCACCUAUCGAAGCCCAUAACGACAUGAUUAUCAGCAAUCAUAUUUCAGAACCCACAAAUGACAAGUUAUUAUCCAACUCAUCUGCGGCUCCGCCAAGUCCUCAUUUCAUCAACCUUUUGUUGCAGCAAUUUCCCAUGUCUGAUGAAGCCAAGGAAAUUAUUCGAACUACAUCGGUGCCCAUUUUAUCCACCCUUCACACUAAGCUUUGUGACCAGGGCAAACGUUUUCCGCCAACAACAAUCACUUCCAAUUCCUCCGGGAGUGUCUCUUCUAUGAGACUUAAUGAUUCAGAUUAG